AUGUGAGCUGAACGCAAAGCAAGUUUAUUUUCUGCUAAAAUGAAAGUGAAAGUGUCCUGAGUGACUCGUUGUGCUGCUCGAGCAACACGAAGAAUCAACGCUCGGUUCACUAAUGAAUAAUCAUGGCGUUAAUCUUAAAGAUAUUUAUUUACUUCUAUCUGUCUGCAGGUGUGCAGGGUGUCCAUCAGAUAGCAGGACUGUCCUGUCAGUUCAUUGAUGAACAUGUGACUGUGAAUAAUGAGAGUCAUGUUGAGACUCAGCUCAUCUACAGAGAGGCCAUGCUGCAGUUUGGUCAAACAGGAGACUCUCCUGUUAAUCCACGAGCCAUCACCUUCCUGGUCACAGGAUCCAAACUGGAUCUGCGGAGGUACAUGAAGAGGGUGGAUGCAGAACAGGUGGAGUGUGAGCUGCGUAGGUACAGUACAGAGGGAAUCCAUGUCCGCUGGCCUGUCCAGGGGGCUCAGGGCUACAACCGCUGGUUCAGAUGCACCCUCAAACACAUUAAAGGACUUUUCACAGUCACCGGCUUCCUCAGACACCCAUCGGACCAACCUGCACCAGGAGAGCAUGACUACCUCCACUGGCCGACUAUCGCAGAUGGAGAGACACUUACUAUAACAGUUGCCAUGGUCAUUAAAACACAAUCUCCAUCAGUGAAAGCAGGCCUGGGGUCCCCAGGAAAGCUCCACUGCCAGUUUGCCAUCGACCACAAAGCACCAAAGGUCACUGUGGAGUGGCAUCGGCUGCUUCGUGGAGGGAGGAUUAAACUGUUCAGCCAUAAUAGCAGCUCAGGGCGGACGGAUGGGAUUGGUGUUAGACUGAAGGAUCUGGCAGAUGGAGAUGCCUCCUACAACCUCCACUCCGCAGAGAUGAACAGUGAAGGCAGAUACAUUUGUUCGGUGUCAGUGGCUCCACUUUCGGCAGAUCUAGAUAUAAAUCUGCACAUUGAAGAGCCUCCCAGAGUCUCCCUCAACGUUGAACCCACUGUGUCCCUUCAGGAGGGGCAAGACAAGAAGAUAAUUUGUGAGGCAAAGGGCUACUACCCUCUGGAUGUGGAUAUACGUUGGUACAAGCAGAAAGUAGUGAUGCCGAAUCAGACGGUCAAUGCUGCUCUGCCCAAAAUGCUGGCAGUCUUCCGGCAGAACGGCCACAAACUCAACAAGGACGACACCUACUCAGUCUCAGCUUUCUUCUACCUUGAGGCUUCGCUCAGUGACUCAGGGAAGGAGUUUACAUGCAGCGUCUCCCAUCAGUCUCUGAGAGAUCCCAUCAAAAUUAGCUUCAUCCUGAAUGUUGAAGAGCCAGUCAGCUGGUUGUUUAACCUCAUUCUCAGCCUCACUGGGAUCACAAUCAUUGCUAUUCUGUAUACGAGGCGCUACCGUCGCUCAGGAAGAAGACAGUCAGCACAGAAGAAACCAUUUGGAGGAGUCUCUGUGGUCUGAGAGGAACAUCACACUGAAGACAGACCGUCUCCAUCAAUACUCGCCUCGUUCAUUGCUAUCUCAGGGUGCUGCAGGUGUUUGAUUUAGAUUUUUUUGGUGAAUUUGGGUUCCUGUGAAACUGAAGAUCUGUUUGUAUGUUGCACUGAUUUAUUUAACAUGCACUGUAGUAGCGUGGUGUUGAGGUAAAGUAAUUGUCUCUGUGACGCAGGCAAUCCUUUACAAAACUGGUGUUACUGGAACACUUGCAGUAUGUUUCUGACCACUAGUAGUGCUGUGGUGCAGUGGUUUGUCUGUAGCUGCACACAGGAAACAUGACACUCAUUCCUGAUCUACAGGUGGCAGGUCAGGAACUGCACAGAGAAUCAAAGCAGUUCUCCAAAAUAACUGCUGGGUACCAAACAUGGAUGUAAAAAUUAGAGGAAUGAAAAUGUUUUUUAAAGAUUGGCUUUGCCAGUUUUUAUGUGUUUUAAUAUUGAACAAGUGUGUUAGACCUCACAGCCACACAGUAUGUGUUUUGGUUAGACACCCUGAAUGUAACAUUAUUUAUUUACAAGAAAACUAGACAUGCAACCUUUGAUGAAAUUUUGCUGAAUUCAUGUAAAAUUUUACAAAAUCUGCCCAGUUAUUGUCAAACAAUAUAAAAAGAAGAGGUGGAAAGAAGGUGUAACUUCUCAGGAGUAGAAAUAAUUGCACUAAUAGCUGGAUUGAUUUCAAAAGUUCUAGUAUCUUGUGUGUUUUUAGGCUGUUUUUGUAAAUAAUAAAAGGAUUCUUGGGAUAAGAAAA